AUGCUGUCUAAUCUGCUGCUGGUCCUGGCCUCGUCAGUGGCUCUGGUGAGCAGCCAGUCUACCAUUGACCCGAGCACGGUGGCCAUCUCCACGCGUCAAUACUGGUGCAGCGCCCAGAAGUCCGCCUGUCCCCUACUCUGCCUGCAAAUUGCCUCUGGCGUCCCAGAGAGCAACAACUGUACCGCCGAAACUCUCACCUACAGCUGCGUCUGCAGCAACGGCGUCUCCCCCAAUGCCUCAGAGUACUCCCAGACCCUGCCAUACUUUAUCUGCACCGAAGCCAACAACCAAUGUGUGAGCGCCUGCGGCGAUUCCGCCUGCCAAUCUAAUUGCCGCACCGCCAACCCCUGUGGUGCUCAGGAUCCGCCCCGCGUGAACGUUACCUCUACCGCCUCCUCGUCCGUGGCUGCCACGAGCACUGCCGCCAGUGAGGCGGUUCAGACUAGUGAAGCUACCGGUGCUGCUCCUCGUAGUCAUGCCGUGGAGAUGGGCCAUGUGUAUGGAAUGUGUGUGCUCGUCGGCGGUAUCGUUGCUGGCUUCGCGGUGUUGCUGUAA